GGGCCAUUAACAUGAAUGUGACUUGCAUCCCGCAUUUCUGUUGUGUAGAGCCAUUCUAAACAUUCCUUUGAAUUAGCGAGAGUUCACUGCACUAGGCACAGUUCCAAGGGACUCUUAAUGCGCUGAUCAUGUUCUUAGGGCUGAAUUCGUUAGUCAGACGGCCUAGAAAGCAUAUCAUCAUUCUAUACAGACCCAUAUUUUUCAGUUUCCUUAGCAAUAUUGAGACUUAUAUUGUGACUUGUGAGUCGUAUAAGCCGAUGAUGCAAAAUUGAAGACUUUUCGGCAUUCAUUACUUUCUAUCGGUUCACCGGUCUUUAUGGAAGAUAUGUUCUAUGGAAUGAAUUCUACUGCUCCGACCUUCACUUCGGUAUUAGAAGGUUUUUGUGAGAAUAAUAGUGUCAGUAACAAUGAUAACGAUCAUCAACUAAUGUUGGAAGAAUCUUUGAGAAUGCUGAUCAGCACAGAGACAUCAAUGAUCGUUGGAUCUAAUGAUCACAAUGAUGAGGUAUAUGAUGCUAUCAAAGCAAAGAUUGCUAGUCAUCCUCUUUAUCCAAGCUUGGUACACGCCUUCUUACAAUGUCGUAAGGUCGGGGCACCACCAGAGACAUGUUCGCUUAUUGACAAGGUCUCCAUCCAGCAGCAACAACAACGUGCUUUUAUUACUACCGGUGAUAAUUACCAUGACCCUACCGCUAGCCCAGAUUCUGAACUCGACCAAUUCAUGGAAUUAUACUGCCUGGUUUUACGCAAUUACAAGGAUGAAUUGUCCAAGCCAUUCAAGGAAGCAACGACUUUCUUGACCGAUAUCGAAAGACAGCUUAGUACACUGCUACUUUAUAGUGACACUACAUCAACCACCUUGACAACUACUACUGCUACUUCUUCCUUCAAUUAUCCUCCGGCAACUACCACAAUGUCUUCGGAAGAACAAAGCUGUUAUUCUUUGGAAGCAUCAAAAAGUGGUACCAGUGAAUUAAAUGCUAUGUCGUGUAUGUACAUCGGGGCGGAUAGGGGACUUAAAGACAUCCUCCUGAACAAGUACGGUGGUUAUCUUUGUGAUCUCAGGAAAGAAUUUACCAAGAAAAGAAAGAAAGCAAAACUGCCCAAGGAUUCCAGAACCACACUGCUAGACUGGUGGAAAACCCACUCUAGAUGGCCUUAUCCCACGGAAGAGGAGAAAAUGAAGUUAAUUGAAGAGACUGGACUAGACCAUAAACAGAUUACCAACUGGUUUAUCAACCAGAGGAAACGACAUUGGAAGCCGUCUGAAGACCCACACUUUCAUCGGUUGCUCUCAUCAUGAAUGGCUGGGCCUGGGUAGCUACAAUAGCAACAUAAAACAAUUUUUAUCUGAGCAUCUAAAAUCAACUUACUUGCAGAUAUAUGAAUGGGAAUUCCCCAAAAAUAUUGUUCACUUUCUUAAUUUUCCAGUAUCUAGAUAAAUUCUAAUCAAUCUUCUUCCGAUA